AGAGGGUGAGGUUGGCUUGGAAGCAUUCCCGCAAACGGAGGGCUUGCAGAGUUGAUGGCGGUGCCUGCAGAGUAGCGCCUCCUUCUCGCGCUUCUCGCCUCGUAAGUCCCCUGGCGCUGGGCUUCGCCGUGGGCCACCACUGGAGGGGCUGAAGGGUGUGUCGAGGCCAGGACUUGGAAGGAGGGGUUUGGCAGAGCUCUCAUGCAUAAGGAUGCCUUAGAAAAAUACCAUGGACAAAUAUAUUAAGGUGCAAAAGAUUGGUGAAGGAUCUUUUGGAAAAGCAAUUCUAGUCAAAUCAAAAGAAAAUGGCAAACAAUAUGUUAUUAAGGAGAUCAAUAUAUCCAAGAUGUCAAAUAAAGAGAGAGAAGAAUCAAGGAGAGAAGUUGCUGUGUUGGCCAACAUGAAACAUCCAAAUAUUGUCUUGUAUAGAGAAUCCUUUGAAGAGGGGGGUUGUCUCUACAUAGUGAUGGAUUAUUGUGAAGGAGGAGAUUUGUUUAAAAAAAUUAAUGCUCAGAAAGGUGUCCUGUUUUCUGAAGACCAGAUCAUGGAUUGGUUUGUUCAGCUAUGCUUAGCCCUGAAACAUGUACAUGACAGAAAAAUUUUGCAUCGAGAUAUAAAGUCACAGAAUAUAUUUUUAACCAAAGAUGGAACAAUACAAUUGGGAGACUUUGGAAUAGCUAGAGUCCUUAACAGUACAGUUGAGCUUGCACGAACGUGUAUAGGAACACCAUAUUACCUAUCACCAGAAAUCUGUGAGAACAAGCCUUACAACAAUAAAAGUGACAUAUGGGCUCUUGGUUGUGUUCUCUAUGAAAUGUGUACACUGAAACAUGCAUUUGAAGCUGGCAAUAUGAAGAACCUGGUACUCAAGAUAAUCUCUGGAUCAUUUCCUCCUGUUUCUGUGCAUUAUUCUCAUGAACUUCGGAGUCUGAUUUCACAGUUGUUCAAAAGAAAUCCUAGGGAUAGACCAUCUGUCAACUCCAUAUUGGAGAAAACUUUUAUAGCUAAACGCAUUGACAAAUUUCUCACACCAGAGCUUAUUGCAGAAGAAUUCAGUCAUAAAGUAUUUCAGAAGUUUGGACCUCAUGCUGGACCAGCAAAGAGACCAGCUCAAGGACAAAACUUUGCCUCUGCUGCACCUGCUCAGAAAAUUACAAAACCUGCUGCUAAAUAUGGAGUGCCUUUAAUGCUUAAAAAAUCUGGGGAAUCAGCUAAAAAGUUCUAUGAGAAGCCUUUAAAUAAAUGUAGACAGGCCCCUCCAACUGCAGUGAAGAAAGGGAAACCAAUUGAAGAAGGGAGGAAAAUGUUUGAGGAAGCUGCUAGAAAGAAAAGGCUAGAUGCUUUUGAGAAGGAAAAACGACAGCGUGAACAGAUCAGUUUCAUGAGAGCUGAGCAGAUGCGAAGACUUGAGAAGGAAAGGAUGGAUCGAAUUAACAGAGCCAGGGAGCAAGGAUGGAGGAAUGUACUGAGCACAGGUGGAAGUGGUGAGAUCAAGGCUAAUUAUUUGGGUGGCGGAGGAGCUAUUGUGCCUUCUUCACCUGUGCCUGGUCGAGGACCAUAUGAACACUAUCAUGCUAUUUUUGAUCAGAUACAGCAACAGAGGGGAAAUAUUAAAGUAACAGAGGGGAAAGAUGUUGAAUUGAAAGAAAAGCCCGGUCAAGAGCCUGUUGAAAGAGGGCUUCCACCUGGAGUUCAUGCAGGACUGCCUAACGGGCCUGUAGGCCACCAUCAUGUACCUGAUGCUGAUGCAAUUAGAAAAAGAAUGAAAAGAUUAGAGGAGGUGUCUAGACAAGCGAAUGCAAACAGGCAAAAAGGAUGGGUAGCUGCAGAAAGAGCUAAACAAGUUGAGGAAUUUUGGCAGCGGAAGCGAGAAGCCAUGCAGAAUAAAGCUCGUGCUGAAGGACACCUGGACACACUGCAAAACCUGACAGCUAUCUAUGGAGGCAGGUCCAUUUCUUCAAGAGGAAGGAAAACAAGAAACAAGGAGGAAGAGGAAUACUUGGCAAGAUUAAGACAAAUUAGGCUUCAAAACUUCAAUGAACGUCAGCAAAUUAAAGCUAAACUUCGUGGAGAAAAGAAUGAAACUGGUUCUCCUGUACAUGAAAUAAAUGAAGAAAUUGAACUAAGGCGCAAAAAGAUUGAAGCACUAAAGGCACAAGCAAAUGCCCGGGCUGUAGUCCUAAAAGAACAGCUUGAACGAAAGAGAAAAGAAGCAUACGAAAGAGAGAGGAGAGCUUGGGAAGAACAUCUGAUAGCUAAAGGAAUAAAGAAUCCUAUGGGAGCUGCAGAGCUAAGUCCUACACACAGCAGGCAAGAAGCUGGAGGUUCUCCUACCAGGAUACUGAAGGCCAGUUUCCCACAAAUCAUCUCCAUGACAUCAGCUUUGAAAGAAGUAGGUGCGGAUCAAAAUGCAGUGGUUGUCCAGGAAACCCCAGCAGAAAUAAAGCCUGAUGUUGCUAUUCAAAACAAGCGAGAAAUACUUAAAAGAUUGAAUCAAAAUCUUAAAGCACAGGAAGAUGGAGAAGAGAAAAAUGAACCCAGAGAAAUCUAUGAGAUAGCUACAGCUGAUGAAAAUAGUAAAGAACAAGGAGAAAAUUCUCUGGUUGUAGCUGAUCGUAAGAAAUGGGAGACGGGGACACAACUUGUAGUUCAACUAGCACAAUUAACAAUGGAAGAAUCCCUGUUAGGUACAGACGUGUGUACAUUAGGAGAGGUUAUUAAGCUAGAUGUUGGUGAACCUCAGCGAAAGGUCUGGGGCAAAAGCCCCACUGAAUCUGUGCUGAAGAUACUUGGAGAAGCUGAGCUACAACUUCAGACUGAUCUGAUGGAUGACUUAAGUAUUACUGAUGAGGUUCCAAAAGAAGCUUUAACAGUAAGAGAGAACACUGAAAUGAGAGAAGCAAUUUCUGUUGUAGAAGAAUCAGCAGCUGAAAUCGACGACACAGAAAAGCUGACAACAAAGAAGUCUCCUUCAUUUGAAUUUAACCAGUUGUCACCCAAACCUGAUCUGAUUGAUGAACCUGAUGAUUUGGAAGCAGAAUUGCUAGAAGAAACCAAAGAAGAUAAAUGCAAAACAAAUGCAUUCCCUGCUGCUAAUGAUGCAUGGGUUAAAGAAGAAAAAAUAAAGGAACCACCAUUACAGGAUCAUACUGAGAAUAACCAAUAUGACAGUGAAGAUCCUGCUGCAGAAGACCGAAUGCUAAAAAGAAUCCCAAUCCAUGAUGAAGCAUCAGUAGAAACCAAUGAUUCUGUACAACCGGAACCCUUUUUCCAGAAGGUGGCACAGCACCAAGCAAGGUUAAUAGCUUUUCCAGUUCUGUCAGCACAGUCUUCCCUUGACGAUUCUCUUCCAACAAGGUCACGUUCUGUGUCUCCAGAAAAAACAAAGGGCAAAAAUUCACUAUUGAUAGGGCUUUCUACAGGUCUCUUUGAUGCAAACAAUCCAAAGUUGCUGAGGACCUGUUCACUCCCAGAUCUUUCCAAGCUAUAUAGAACGUUAGUUGAUGUCCCCAGUAUUGCUGAUGUACAGAAUGAAGAGAAUCUUGAAAUAGAUGAUAUGGAAGAUGAGCCUGUCAAAGGAGGACACUCUGAUUCUGAUGACAUUAUGUUCGGAGAAGCAGAUACAGACUUGCAAGAACUUCAAGCUUCAAUGGAGCAGUUACUCAGAGAACAGCCUGGUGAUGAAUUCAGUGAAGAGGAAGAAGCAACUUUAAAACCUGGAUGCCUAGCAAAUGGUACAGAGGUGGAUGAGGAUGACAACAAUCCUAGUAGUGAAAGUGCCCUUAAUGAGGAAUGGCAUUCAGACAACAGUGACAAUGAUAAUGCUAGUGAAUGUGAAGGGUAUGAUAGUAUCUUUUGUCAUUUGGAAGAGCUAAGAUGUGAACUGGAGCAAGAAAUAGGCUUUGAAAAAUUCCUUGAAGUUUAUGAGAAAAUAAAGGCUAUACACGAAGAUGAAGACGAGAACAUUGAUAUAUGUUCAACAAUUGUUCAAAACAUUUUAGGAAAUGAACACAAGCAUCAGUAUGCCAAAAUCCUUCAUUUGGUAAUGGCAGAUGGAGCCUAUCAGGAAGCAUGCCCAUACCGACUGCAGGCUUGCCAUCCACAGAUAAGCUCCAGCUUUUUAAAUGGGUGUGCUGCAUGUGUUCGCGCACACAUGUGUGUGCACUCAUGAAAACAAUGGAACUUGAGGUCCCACAUGUUUUGCUAUCUGCAGAGGGUCCAGAGCAGAUCUCCCACUGACAGCAAAGAACCACUGUACUUCCUAACUGUUGACCUCAUCUUUUGAUCAACAUUAAUUUGCAGGUUUAUACUUACUGUAGCUUGGGUUUAUACAUACUGAUUUUGAACUCCCAAUUUAAAUAAAUCAUAAUCAUUAGUUUCACAGUAACAUGACUAACUUUGCAGGAGCAAAGGAGAGAAAGAUGUGAACUUGUACAGCUGGCACUCCAUAUCCAUGGAUUCUGCUUUCACAUAUUAAACAAUCCACAGCUUGAAAAUAUUCUAAAGAUUAAUUUAAAAAGAACACCUUUGAGUUUGCUUUUUAAAAUUAGGGACACUAUUAUUCUAUGACAUUCUAUAUAGUGAGACUUCAGCAGCCAUGAAUUUUUUGUAUCCCUGGGGCUCCAGGAUCCAAAUCCCAUUAGAUACCAAGGAUCCACUGUAUAGCAUAACUACAGCUCUCUUAACAGUGAUCAAUACGAUUUAUACACAAUAAAUUAUUAAAAGUUGUAGUUAAAGUAGUUAUGCUUAGUAAACUGUUUACUUCAAUAUAUUAACUAUUUUUAAAUUUUUCUUCUUUCCAGACAAUGAUGAAUAACACCUUUAUGACAUUCUGAGCACAAUGUAGGUGUAUGGAUUUUUUUGUGUAAAAUAACAAGGCAUAAAUGAAAAAUAACCAUUUAUCAGGACAGCCUUAAAGUCUUACUGAUUACCUGUAAGACAUGGGAAAACAUGAUGCUCUUCACUGAAAGGCUGUUUAUAGAUUUCCUUUGACAUAUCAUUUUGUUCCUUCAACAAACAACUGAAAAGGCUAUGUUAUAUUUAAGACAAAUAGCAAUGAAUAGAAAGGCUGACUCAGAAGUGAUUUACUGUUUGAGAGAUUAUCAUGUAUGAAUAAGCUCGUGUCACAUUAGUUGCUGUUUGUUUAAAUCUAAGCAGUUAAAAAGAAACCAAACUGAGAAGACCUUUUGACUUUGUUUUCUGUUCAAGAUUUAUGGAAAUGACUCACUGAAAUCAGUGGAACAUUUCCAUACAAUACACAUUCAGGAUCAAAGUAUUUUGAGUAUUUCACAUUUUGUGUCUGUAUAUAUACAUGUGUGUACAUAAUGAUCUUUAGAAUUAACAAUAUUUUUGUCACAAUCUAUUUAACAUUUUUUCUGUAAAUCAAAGCAAAUGAUGAAUCAUUUUCAAGACUUGAUUUUAUUUCUGUGGUUCAGUAAAAGAAUGGCCCAUGAGAGUUUCUGUAAAUUUUCUAUUGUAAAUUAUAGCAGCUUGCAGUAUGAAGAUUUAUUUUACUGUAGUACUAUGUACUCAGAAUGUUACUCACUUUUUUCAUCUGUAAUUAGGACCAUCGUAGGAGUGGCUGAAAUCAGAAUUUAAAAUGUUUUGCUGCUGCUGUUUUGAAGACAAGAUAGAUGUCUUCUGCCUAGAUUAUCUGGAGGGGAAAACAUAGUUUUAUUGCCCCUCCAUUCCUUAUUUGUGGGGGCAAUUCCUAUGAGAUGAUGAUGUAAAAUAUUUCUAGUGUGCAAUAGACAAUGUCAGCAAACUUAGUAAAUCAAUUGUAACACAAGGCGCUUUUUGCUGAAAAAGCAGAUCUGUAUUUCCUGGCUAAUAAGGCAAGUUUGAAAGUAUGUGGAGUCACAAUUAGUCUAGCACUAAAAUUUGGAGUUAUGUUUUAUUUCUAACAACACAGAAUAAAUGUUUUACUUUUGUA